CAACACUACCACGCAAAUUCAUCAUCAACCCCAACUACAUUAACAAAAAGAGAUACGAGCAUACCUCAACAUCAUUAAACCUCUGCACCACCAACACCUCGAAAAUGGCCCUUCUAUCCCCCUCCCAAGUCCAAAUAAUAAAAUCCACCGUCCCAGUCCUCGCCCAACACGGCGAAGCCAUAACAGCAAAAUUCUACACAGACCUCCUCACCGCCAACCCCUCCCUCAAAAAUGUCUUCAACACCACCCACCAAGCAACCGGCCACCAAUCGCGCGCCCUCGCCGGCGCCCUCUACGCGUACGCUGCGAACAUCGAUAACCUAGGCGCGCUCAGCCCCGCGCUGGAAUUAAUCUGCCACAAGCACGUGUCGCUAUUCAUCCAGCCAGCGCAGUACGCCAUUGUAGGCGAGUUUCUGCUGGCGACUAUGAAAACCGUGCUCGGCGCUGCGGCGACGGGGGAAGUGUUGGAUGCGUGGGGCGCGGCGUAUUGGCAAUUAGCUGAUAUCAUGAUCGCUAAAGAGGAGGGGUUGUACAAAUCCACGCCGGGCUGGGAUGGUUGGAAAGAUUUCACGAUUGUCAGGAAAGUCGCGGAGAGUGGGAGUGGGGAGAUAUGCAGCUUCUACCUCAAGCCGAAGGAGGCGGGGGUGGAGGUGCCGGUGUUCAAACCGGGCCAGUAUGUCAGUGUGAAUGUGCGGGUUGAGGAAUUGGAUGGAGGGGUUUGGCAGGCGAGACAGUACAGCUUGAGCGAUGCGUCGGGGAAGGGGUAUUUGCGGAUUAGUGUGAAGAAAGAGAUGGGAGAGGCGCGGGAGGGGUAUGUUUCGAACAUUCUGCAUGGGAAGAGCGAGGGAGAUGUGGUGAGAGUCUCGCAUCCGUUUGGAGAUUUUUUCUUCGAUAGGGAGGAGAGCGGAGAGAAUGGACCGGUGGUGCUUAUUUCGGCGGGUGUGGGGUUGACGUGUUUGACGAGUAUUUUGAAUGGACUGGCGGCGGAGCAGGGUUCGAGACCGGUAUCUUGGAUUCACGGGGCGCGCGAUUUGAAUGCGAGGGCUUUCAAGAAGGAUGUUGAUACCUUGGUUGCGGCGAACAGGAACAUACGUGCGGUAUACUUCAGCUCGAAUCCGAAAGAAGGCGAGGUGGAAGGACAGGACUACCAUAUCAAAGGUCGGGUCGACAUGGACAAGGUCGGCAAAGACGCCCUAUUCGCAGACAACGAUCAGACGCAAUACUUCAUCUGCGGACCGACACAGUUCAUGCUUGAUGUGCAAGCAAAGUUGAAGAGCUAUGGGGUGCCAGCUGAAAGGAUCAAGAUGGAACUAUUUGGCACGGGAGGCGUACCACGGGUGUGAUACUGCUGUGUUGGGUAGCAGAUGUACGAUUAGUUUGUAACAGUCACCCUGUAUUAUAGCACUAGCAUUUCAGAAUCA